AUGGGUACCUCAGCACGCAAAUCUUUCUUCCAGGAAGUGGACGUGGACGACCUUGAACCUGAAACAUCACUCUCACGGAGCUCGAGCACAGCAUCGGAGUCUUCCAGCUCACGAAAACGACCUUCGCCCGGCGUGAGAUUCCGCACUAAGGACGACGUUCGUUUGGUGGAGAGGUACGAAGAUGCCGAUGUAGGUGGCAACAAUCACGAGCUCUCAGCAAAGCCAAUUCCAUCGACAAACGCACCAACGCAGUCUCCACUUCCUGGCUCCAAGUCCAUCAUGUAUCGCCUUGGUGCGAAAGCCUUACUAGUCGUCGCUGCUGUCCCAUUUCUACACGGCGCGCCUUCCUUUGGACACGCAUCAUUACCGCUACAACCAGUCAGUGGAGGACCGAUACGACGAAAUCCAGAUGGCCCGGUCCUCGACAAAAGGGCAGACAGCCCUACAGAUGUGUGUUUCAGAUGGGCUGGACAGUCUGCUGUGGUGAACGGUACACUCUAUUACUAUGGCGGCCAGGCCACUUCUGAGCCCAACCAGGACACUAACACCUGGAACAACAACUUCUUAUCACUGGACCUUACCAAGACCUGGCAGAUAUCGACACCAUCACUGACAGGGCUGCCCCAGCCUUCCGGUCCACCGAAUAUCAGUCUGGGGACGUUAUGGAAUUCGCACGAUUCACUCUUCCUCUAUGGCGGACAGUUCCAGUGGAAGCCACCAGUCUCACCCACGGCAUACUCUACUUGGGAGUACAAUAUCGCUUCUUCUUCAUGGGUUGAGCACAGUGACCCAGUCACAUCAGAGGGUGUCAGCUCACCCAGCAACGACGACCCCGUGCAAAGAGCCGCCGAGGGUGCCGCCGUGAACGUAGCGUCUCUUGGCCGUGGAUUCUACUUCGGCGGUCAUCUGGAUGGCUAUACCACUGAGGAAUGGUCUCAAAGCAUAGCACGUGUCUAUCUUCAGUCGCUCCUCGAGUUUACCUUUCCAGGAUAUCAGAACGAUCAGGUCAACGCGCUCUCGGACAAUAAGGACGCUGGUAGUGAUGGCGUCUAUCGUAACGUCACGCAAGGUGGUCUGCAGUCGCAAGCAGGCUUUACACAGCGCGCAGAUGGCUUAUUGGUAUACGUGCCAGGAUUUGGAGAGCAGGGCAUCUUGCUGGCAUUGGCUGGCGGAACCAACGAGAGUUUUACUCAGAUGAACCAGAUCAACGUCUACGACAUCGCCAACAGCACUUGGUACAACCAGGCGACGUCUGGCGAGUACCCAGAGACUCGUGUUAACCCAUGCUCAGUCAUCGCCGCGGCGCCGGAUGGUUCGAGUUACAAUAUCUACAUGUUCGGUGGCCAGAAUCUGAUUCCUGCUGGCAACCAGACCCAGUACAACGACAUGUGGAUAUUGACCUUACCAUCAUUCACCUGGAUCAAGGUCGAUCAGAGUGGUCAAUCCGUGCCUCCGGGACGUUCUGGCCACACAUGCAACAUCUGGGACGGACAGAUGGUUAUGGUUGGAGGAUACACUGGAGCGAACUCUCUGACCUGCGAGAGCCCUGGUAUUUAUGUAUAUGAUCUGAGCACUACCUCCUGGGUCAAUCAAUUCACGGCGACCAGCGCAGAAUCGGACAGCGGCAGCACCAGCGGCAGAGCACAAGCGGACACCAACGGCGAUGCGGAAGACAACCCAUUCAAUCAACAGUCAGCACAACGAUACACAUCAGACAACCCCGGAGGCCUCGAAGGAUCCUACGGCUACCUAGUCCCCCAAGCCGUCAUAGACGUCGUUGGCGGCGACAAGACCGGCGGCGCAACCCUCACCACGCCCGUCAACACCGCCACCUCAGGCCCCCUCGCCACCGGCAAGCCUCUCACAUACACCGUAACCAACGCCGACGGCAGCAUAUCGACCUCCACCAGCCGCCCCGGCAGCGGCUCCGGCUCCUCGGGCAACGGCGUCAACGUCGGCGCCAUCGUAGCAGGCUGCGUCGCAGGCUUCUUCUUCAUCGUAGCCUGCUACCUCGCCUUCUGCGCCUACGUCUACAGGAAACAACUCCAACUCUACAAACGCCACGUCGAGAUGUCCCAAGCCCAAGCCCGCGGGGAGAAACUCCCCGCCAUUCCAGGACUGCUCGCGACGGAUGCCAGUACGGGGAAGAUCACACCUUCCGAUCCUAGCUAUCGGCGAGGCGAUGGGGUCAGUCCGUGGUUGACGAAUACGAGUAGUGGGAGUAUGCACAGUAGGGAUGACAGUGGUGGCGCGAGUGGGAGUUAUCAUAGGAAUGGGGGGAAUGGGGUGGUCGGGGGUGGGUAUAACAGUGUGAGGAGGAGUAGUGAGACGAGUGAGACUAAUGAUGAGGAUUUGUUGAAUGGGAGGGAACCUACGUUUGUGGGCGUCAUGUUGAAUCCGAGGAGGAGUUUGAGGGUUAUUAAUAGGGAUUGA